AUGCCAUCCGUUGCGCCAGCCCGCAAUGGUCCAUCGUACGUCUUGAACCAGAUUAUCAUAUCGCCUCCCGAUACGGACUACCUUGACCAAUUGAUUCCUUCAAUCCGAGAUUAUAGUGUCGGGAAUCGCACACCCCAACUUUUGCAAUCGCUGGCUAAGUUUGCCAAUGACAAGGAAGCCGAAAUUGAGACUAUCUGUAACACAAAUCAUCAAGAGUUUGUCACUUCCGUUAACCAGCUUCUCCGCAUACGGGAAGGGACUGUGAGCCUGACGGCCGAGAUUCUGGACCUGAACCAGUCGAUCCAAGCCAGUACGGAGCGGCUAGCCGAGCAGAAGAAGGCAUUGGUUGAAUCACGGAGUCAUCGGCAAAACAUUGACGAGACCUCUCGCGCCAUACAAGAUUGCCUAGAGGUUUUGCGCCUCGCGAAUCAGGUCCAUGACUUGCUUGCAAAGAAGAAUCACUAUGCAGCCCUACGUGCCAUCGAGGAAUUGCAGAAUGUACAUCUCAAAGGAGUUAAUCAAUAUAAAAUCGCAGAAAUGAUCCAGCGUUCGGUACCGGCAACACAGAGAGCGAUAGCCGAAGCAGUCAUGUCUGACCUGAAUACUUGGCUUUACCGGAUUCGUGAGAUGUCACAGUACCUGGGCGAGAUAGCGCUAUACCACACUGAUUUACGGAAAUCUAGGCAGAAAGAGAGAGCGCAGAAAAUCCCAUACCUGGCAAAUUUCAAGCUAAACUCAGCUAUCGAGUUAGUGUCUGAUGAGGACGAAGAAUAUGACUUACUACAGAAUGAUGAACUCCAAGUGCAUUUCACACCACUCUUUGAAUGCUUGCACAUCCAUCAGUCACUCGGACACAUGGACAAGUUCAGGAUUGAAUAUGCAAACACGCGUCGGCGACAAAAGGAACUUUUAAUUCCAUCAUCAAUAACACUAAUCGAUGAAGAUGGGGCCGGCCUACACAAUCUCCUUGAAGAGAUAGUAGGUUUUGCGAUUGUGGAGCGGUCUACUAUGAAAAGAGUCCCUGAGCUGAGAUCUCCUGUUGAUGUGGACGAGCUCUGGGAUUCAAUGUGCCAGACCGCUGUCAGUUUGAUAUCGAAGGCGCUCCAUGAAGUUGACAAUGCUGAGAGUCUGCUGAAAAUAAAAAACCUUAUCGCAUUGUUCAUGCAAACAAUGAACACCUGGGAGUUUCAAGUUGGGGUCUUCGAUGGAUUCUUAUUGACACUUUUUGAAAAAUAUGCCGAGCUUCUCAAGAAGAGGUUUAGCGACGAUUUCCAGGAGAUCGUAUCUACGGAUGAUUAUAUGCCUAUGCCAAUACAGAGCUUAGAGGAAUAUGACAAGGUCCUCAAUGUUAGCUGGUAUAGCCCCGAAAAGCCACGGGAAGAGCAAGUGUUUCCAUGUGUUUUACCGUUCUCUCAGAUGUAUCCGCUUUGUUGCAUCGACAUUCGUAAUUUCUUGAAUCAGUUUUAUUUCUUCGCGAACGAUGAUUUCUCUCAUCCAGAUGUCAUCGAUGAUACGUUGAAAGAUGCCUUGGAUGAGCUCCUAUCGAAUAAAGUAUGCGACACACUUGUUGAGCGUCUUUCUUCCCAGUAUUUGGGCCAGAUUGUCCAAAUCCUCAUAAACUUAGAGCAUUUUGAACUGGCCUGUCAUGAACUUGAGACGCUGCUUGCUGCUGCAAGAUCACAAAACUCUGCUGGCGGGUCAAUCGCUUUGAGAGCGACGGAAAAAUUCAGAACAAACAAGAAAGCCGCAGAGAAGCGUAUAUUCGAGGUCGUCAACUCCAAGAUCGAUGAUCUCAUUGAGACCGCAGAAUACGACUGGAUGGCGCCUGUCUCUCCUACGGAGCCCAGCAACUACAUGCAAACCCUGACCCGGUUUCUGUCUAACAUAAUGAACUCGACAUUACUCGGCCUUCCAACAGAGAUCAAGGAACUGAUCUAUUUUGACGCUCUGAGUCAUGCUGCGAAUAUGAUUCUAGCGCAACCUCUCUCAUCGGACGUGAAAAAGAUCAAUCCUAAUGGCGUCAUGGCUCUUGCAAAGGACGUUGAGUACCUCACUGAGUUUGUUAACAGCCUUGGAGUACCUAUUCUACGAGAAAACCUUGAUGAGCUACAACAGACAGUACAGUUGAUGCAAGCGGACAAUACGGAUGAAUUUUACGACAUAUCCACGAGGAACAAGAAAUAUGGCCGCGUGGAUGCAAUGAAUGGCCCUGUUUUACUAGAAAAGCUCACACGCACAGUUCAAAGCCCAGCGAAAGCCGAUAAAUUCUCAACACUCUCCUCGAGAUUCGGAAAGAAGUCCUGA